AUGCAGAUGCACGACGACACCCUGAGCUUGAACACUCAACAGCAAUAUUUCGGAUACCCAUCUCCUUCCUCGAACUCGAUUGGCGGACAAACGCCGAGCGUCGGCAGCCCUAGCUGGUCCCCUAGAAGCCCCCAGCAUGGUGUAUCGCCUCGAAUACCACCACCGGACGCGCUGCUGAAGGGCUACAAGCGGACGAUGAACGGCACGAACGCGGUCGCGGGGCAAGACGAUGGCGGACCCAGCAGGUCUUCCCGGCUCGACACUAGCGACAGCGUAGCCAUGCAUCUUCUCCUCGAGACUGCGAUGGCAGACAGCCAGAACUUCCGUAUUCAGUCCUUCGAAGAGGUGGAAGAGCUCAAGAAGACACAGUUCGCAAUAUCAUCGCGCAUGUCAGCAGUAAGGCAAAAACUGGCGCUUGAAUCAAAGGUCAGAGAUGCAGCAAAAUCGCUCCAGCGCCUAUACUCGGAGAAGGGCCGGACGCCGAGUGCAGGCAGCAUAUCGAAGCCGGGCUUAAACAGGAGGACCAGUCUCUUGAGUAGUCGGGGCAGCAUCAGCACUGGCAGGCCCGAUUCUCUGCACCAAACGGAAGACGAGCUUGCUGCUAGCUCGAAGAAGGUCGACGAACUCUCGCGGGAGCUCUGGCAACUGGAAACGCAGCAUCGAGAUGUCCAAUACCAGCUUCUUCGGCAUACGGCUGGGAUAUUGCAGAUGGCGGCGAACCAGCAGCGCCCGUCCAAGUUGAAGCAGCUCCAAGCGUUUAUGGGCACUGCGCGAGACGGCCAACCGGACAGUCCAGGCAGUACCUUCAAGUUCGGGAACGAAGUGGCAAGCGGGUCGCUGGCAGUGGACGACGACUUCGACGAUCGGAGCCUGUACCAGUCGCCAGAUGCACUGGAUGGUGUUAUGGACAGGUUCGGGAAGCGCCGGUCUUCUAGAGCUUUCCCAGAGGACAUGUCAGGGAGCCUCCAAACUCAAAAUCAGCAUCUGGUAGCUAUUGGAGAACGGCUUGAGGCGUUCAAUGAUCGCAUGCGAGAGCUCAUAACCGGACUGAACUCAGAGAUUGGCCAAACGUACGCCACACGACCGGAAUCCGGUUCAGGCGCUACGACUGCACAGCCAAUGUCCGAAAUCACGCAGCAGCUGGAUAAUCUAGACAAGGGACUGCAUUACAUAAGUGUCGAGCAAGCGGAUUUGCAACGCAAAGCAGCCGAGGCCCUGCGGAGCAACUCUGGCCAGCUCGAGCAUCUUAACCAUCAGAUUUACGACAUGAUCCGCGCCUCAGACGCUGAGAUUGAAGACCAGGUUCCAGUACCUCCGCCGCCAGAUGAGGAUACGGCAAACCAGCUUGACUAUCUAGAAGAAAGCCUGCAGACGCUCAAUAUCCUCCACCAGGACUUGUCCGUCUUACUACACGCCAAGAGUAAGACUGCUACCGAGCAGAGCGAGCAGUACGAAGCUGUACUGGCAAGCCUCUGGUCCAUGAUCAUCUCCAGCGAAGAAAAGGCCAGGCAGCAUCACCAGAACCGACGAGAAAUGCUCGGAAUGAAUACAGAUCUAGCCGCCGACGACGAUGACCUCUCCGAUGAGCCCGGCUCUCCCAUCGGCGACGGUUCCUUCUCGCUGCCCGCGUUCUCAGCGAAAGUCCAGUGGCUACACAGCCGCGCCAUCUCCCUCGCUGAGCAAAAGGCGAUCCUGAAGCGCCAGAUUAAGCAGCAGCGAGAGCUGAACCACAAAUCUGACACCGAAAAGGACGCCGAGAUCGCCUCACUCACCGCGCAGCUAGGACAAGCUUCCUUGGGCCACACGAACGCCGGCAGCGCACUUGCGCAGCUGGAGCGGGAACUCAACCACGCGCGAGAGGCGAUGGCCCGGCUGCACAGCAAGGAAGACGAGGAUCGGGACGCUAUCGCGAAGGCGGAAGAGCAUGUUGCGGCACUGACGGCAGAUCUAGAGGAUGCAAGAGACGACGCGAGGAUCGCGGUUGCGGAGUGGCAAGCCAAGCUCGCGGACGCCGAGGCAAGAGCGUCUGGCGCAGCGGCCGCGGAGGCACGGAGUGGGGAGUUGGCCCAGGAGCUCGAAGCGCACCGCGCACGCACCGCGGAGCUGGAGCACGGCCUGCAGGAAACGGAGCAGAGGCUCGCAGAGCUGGAGACACUAGACCAGCGCCUUCAAGCCACGACCGCCCAGCUCUCGGCCUCGCAAACCGAGCUCCUCGCUCUGCAUCACCAGCUCUCCGAAAAGACCACCGAAGCAGCCAGAGCCGCAACCGAGCUCCACGAACUAGAGUCCGAAGUCGUCCGCCUAACAACCGACCUGACCGUCUCACGCGCCGAGCUUGACGGCGCCUACGGCACCCGUGCUCAGCGCGCCGCCGAGGUCGCCGCGAACCCCGAAAUUAAGCGCGAGCUGGACGAGCUGGGCGCCCACAACCUCGCGCUGCAGACCGAGCUCGACACUCUACGGGCCUCGGAGGUUGAGAAAGCCGAGCGUACCAAACAGCUCGAGGUAGAGCUGCAGGGCCUGCUGCGAGGGUUCGAGGCCCUAACGCGUGCGGGUCUUGAGGCGGAGCGCGAGAGGGAGAAGUUGGAGGGCGUGGUUGAUGGGUUGAGGGAGGGGGUUGAGGGCCUGGAGGCUAGGCUGGCGGAUGAGAGGGUUAGGUGGCUUGGGAUUAGGAGUCCGGGUGGUGGGGGAGGGGGGGAUAGACCUGGUGCGGGCGUCGUCGCGGAUACGAUGAGGAAUGAGUUUAGGAAGAUGAUGAAGGAGACGAGGGCGGAGUUUGCGAGGGUCUUGAAGGCUGAGACGGACGAACGGAAGAGGCUGGAGAAUCUCGUCAGGGCGAUGCGGAGGGAGCACCUGCAGCCUGGCCCGGGGAAGUCGGGACUUAGUCACAGCACCACGGCGUAG